AUUUGGUGGUCACCUGAUCAAAACAAAAUACAGUCAACAUGGCUCAAACACGGACGUGGUUUUGUGUUUCUUGAUAAAACACCAGAAUGGAUUGCUGAGGACUUAGAGCGAUCUAUUAUGAAUUUUUCGUUUGCUGGAUGUGGAUUUUUGGGAAUAUACCAUGUUGGUGUGGCUAGUUGCCUAAAACAACAUGCACCACAACUGGUUGAAAACGCAACUUUCUUGGGAGCAAGUGCUGGGGCCCUAGUGUCGACAUGUUUAAUGUGUGGAAUUGACAUAGGUGAAUGUACCAGCUUUGUGCUACGACUUGCCACAAAAGCCCGCUCGAGAGCUCUGGGACCAUUGCACCCAAGCUUUGACAUCUCUAGAAUUCUGAGGGAUGUCCUAGACUCCAUAUUGCCGGACAAUGCCCACGAGAUUGUGAAGGGCCGCCUGUACGUAUCGUUGACUAGGGUCAGUGACAGACAACCAGUGCUAGUGUCGGAGUUCCAUUCCAAGGCCGACCUGAUUCAGGCUUUAUUGUGUAGCGCCCACGUUCCUCUGUACUCCGGGCUCAUACCUCCCUCUUUCCAUGGAACAAGAUACAUUGAUGGAGGCCUGAGUGACAAUCUGCCGAUCCUGAAUGAUGAAACCAUCACGGUGUCCCCGUUUGCCGGGGAGAGCGACAUUUGUCCGUCGGACAACUCGGCCAACUUUGAGCACAUCAUACUGGCCAACACUAGCAUGCAGCUGACCAGUAGGAAUCUCUACCGAAUCUCCAGGGCCCUGUUUCCUCCCCAUCCCUCCAUCCUCAGUGACAUGUGCACUGAGGGGUUCGAUGACUGCCUCAAGUUCCUGCAGAAAAACAACCUGAUCUCCUGCACUCGCCACCUGAGUGUCAAGUCUUCUAUACGUCCUGUCCACAGCUCGUGUCAACUCAGCGCCAUGGACAGGGAAUCCUGGGAGGGGGAGGAGGAGCCAAUCAUUGAAGAGGAGGAAGAGGAUCCCCACGGGGAAAACUGUCAGGAGUGUAAACAGAAGGUUCAGGGGGCCCUUACAGAUACACUUCCCCCAACAGUGGCUGAAGCUUUCCAAGUGGCGUGUGAUUCCAUGAACAAAGGUUUUCAGUCGUACAUUCACCGGCACCGUGCACUGCGUGUGGCGUCCAUCAUGGUGGCUCCAUGGUUCCUGCCUGCUGACAUCAUCUACAACUAUGGACUGAGAGUUUUGGAAUACUUGCCAUCAUUACCUAGAGACGUCCAACAAAUGUCUCAAGAAACCAUCAAUAUGCUGCGCCAUCUUAUUCAUCUGUUUCAACAUAACAAAAGAAAAUACACAGCUCGCUUUACCUGUCAGCUGGCUAUCACAGAGAUUAACUACGGUAAUCAACCAUUGCUACCCAACUCCCUGAUGAUGAGCCCUUAUCAACCGGAGCCAAUCAACCCAUCAGUCAGAAACCUCAACAUUGGAUUCGCUGUUGACUUUGAAACAGAAUCCAACGACCGCAGGUUGUCCAUUGGGCAUUGUGGGAGGCACUUAAACCAUAUGGAUAUAAGCCAUGUUGAAAUGCAUGCAGAAGGAAUGGGUAAAAACAUCCAUCUAAAUGCGACAGGUGAACAAGCCUCAAAUCAGUUGUUUGACACUUUUGAACAGUGCCUGCAUAUUUCCAACGAGAUGGAAUCGGUCAUGGCGUAUUAUUACAAGGAUGAACGCAAUAAAGAUUGCUACAGUGUGCAGGAAAUCUUUGAUAUAGACGAUGUAGACAUCAAACUCCCUAGUCCCACAGAUUUGACCCCUAAAACGAGGUUACCCCAUUCUGACUGGCACUCUUAUCUGGAGUCCAAGCCAGACAUUGAGAAUGAGGUAGAGGACAGGAUACAGGAAGUACUGGCUAUCCCAGAAUUUCAGAGCAGUGAUCAAAAGGAUGAUGCACUCUCCAAGCAAGAGAUCCAAGAAAGAUAACAAAUGGAGUAUAUUUAGGUCCUUUCUGAAUGAACUACUUAUUGACAUAUCUUUAUUAUGUGUAUAUUCCUUGCAUGUAGUUAUGUAGUUUUAGAACCUUCACAGCAACUUUGAUGAUUUUGCUCAUCAUAAGUAAGAGUUCAUUGGAGUUAUCAAGUUGUUGAGUGCUUAAUUAUCAAUAGUGCAAAUGUCUGUCAAAGUGAUCAAAGUUUUGUCCAUGAAAAGCAGCCAUUCCCAUAGAGCUUAGAUUAGAUUUUGUUCUAUGAUGUAUAUGCCAAUGGAUUUUGAGAAAAAUAUUGGGUUGCUAUUGUAGCUAUGAGUUGUAAAAAACAAACAAGUGCCAAAUUGUGUGUUUCAUUAUGUUCAUGUGUAUCUUUGUAAAGCAAGAAUGCCAUCAUUUGGUUUGUUGUCUUAACCUAUUUAUUCUUAUUAUACAUGUAUCUUAUUUCUUUUUAUCUUGUUUAUACACCUUCAGGAAUGCAGGUUUGUCUCUUGAAAACAUUUUUGAGUUGUCUUCCACAUGUUGUGAAAAGAUACUUUGGAAUAUUCAGGUUCUAUACAAUGCAAAUUUUUAUUUUAAUGUAACUUUUUAAAUAGAUUUUCUUUUUAUCCCUAUCCUCUUCUUCUAAUAUUCCAAGUUAUGGUGCUUACUAUACACAUGUAAUUCUUCGGUAAUUUUGUAUAACCUUACAACCUAGUAUUUUAACACAUAUUAUUUUACCAUGUACAUUUGUAUUUAUGUAAACAUGCAUAAGGCAUAAACUUCCAAUUUUCAGAAGUAUCUUUGUAUGAGUAGAUCCAGAAAAACUUUCAAGGGAGGGAAGGGGGGGGUUUCAAGUGAUAAUUGUGCUUGCCAUGGGGAUCUUGGGCCAAUUUUCAAUUAAAAAUUUAUGUGGAUUUAAAAACUUAAAAUUUUCCAGGUUUUGGGGGAUGGCUCUCUAGAUUUGCACAUGCUUUUUAGCAUUUGUGCAUGACUAUUCUUGGUCAAUUUCCAAUUAGUCUGCUGGCAGGUGUAUUUUUUGUAAUAUCUGUAAGUUUUGUUGGCAUAAUAAUGGCUGAAAACUUGUAGUUCACCUUCAUUGUUGUAAGAACUGUUAUUAGAGAUUGUCUGUGUUUUCAGAUACAGACUCGAUUAUCAAUUGUUGUUGUAUUUAAACCGUGGUGUUCUUGUAUUAUUGGACUGUGCGUGUCUGUGUUACUGAAACUGUUGACAAGGGCGUAGUUCUCUAUACUGAACUCAGACUGUUAUGAAAUAAAAUAUUUCACAAAAUAA